UGAACAUCAACGCGAAAAAAUGAAUGGAUUAUUGUGAUCUUUGAGAUAUUCAUCCCCCCAGCCUUUGAGAUCCACGAUCCACUAAACUUACAUGAAGCAACAACUCCAAGAUCAAUUAGUCGAGCUGCGACUAUGUCUCGAAGCGCUGCCAACGCACAUCCCCGUUCCACUAGCAGCAGAAUCCAGGUACAAAUUCUCCGACUUCAGCACGGAUGCCGAAUGGGCUGCAGACAUUGGCGAGGCUGGUGGGAGCGAGGACCCGAAAUAGAGGCCGUCGUAGAUGUUUUGGAAACAUGGAUUGAAAAAUGUUCAGGUGACAUCAUCCUUGAGAAGUGGGUGCACGACAUCCUCGAAGCUGCACAAGGUGCCAUUCUCGUGGCAGGAAAAGAUGUGAAUUAGAUUUACCCUUUGUGCAAGAGAGGGUCUUGACGGAGGCAGACUGGGACAUGGAAUAGAUCUGCUAUAUAAUAUAUU